CGUACUCCCCUACCUCGACAUACUCGCCGACUGUCCUUCCGAGCGCGGGUAGCAAGCGCAAACGGGACGCGCUCGUCGACGUGCCCAUGGAUGCACGGAAUGGCGCCGUUGCUACUGCUGCCAUUGUAGGUGGCGGUGGCGUGCAUCUCAGCGAGCAUAAUCCGUUCUAUAUUGCCCACGGUGGUCCCCAGAAACGACAGUCCAAGAAAC